AUGGCGAAGACGACCCGCAACUCUCUUGGGUAACUUCGUCUCCCUCCAGCAAAGACGUUGCAUCACCCACUCAGAUGAUAGGAGAUGGUUGUGAUCUCGGCAUCGGAGAGGAGGAAGGGGGGACCGGCCUGCCUUAUCCCUGCCAGUUUUGCGACAAGUCCUUCAUUCGCCUGAGCUACCUUAAAAGGCACGAACAGAUCCACAGCGACAAGCUCCCAUUCAAAUGCACCUACUGCAGCCGGCUUUUCAAGCACAAGAGGAGCAGGGACCGGCACAUCAAGCUGCACACGGGGGACAAGAAGUACCACUGCCACGAAUGCGAGGCGGCCUUCUCCCGCAGCGACCACCUCAAGAUCCACCUGAAGACCCACAGCUCCAGCAAGCCCUUCAAGUGCACAGUCUGCAAGCGGGGCUUCUCCUCCACCAGCUCCCUCCAGAGCCACAUGCAGGCGCACAAGAAGAACAAGGAGCACCUGGCCAAGAGCGAGAAGGAGGCCAAGAAGGACGACUUCAUGUGCGACUACUGCGAGGAGACCUUCAGCCAGACCGAAGAGCUGGAGAAGCACGUUGUGACCCGCCAUCCUCAGUUGUCCGAAAAGGCUGACUUGCAGUGCAUCCAUUGCCCGGAGGUCUUUGCCGAUGAGAAUUCUCUCCUGUCCCACAUCCACCAAGCUCACGCCAACAAAAAACACAAGUGUCCCAUGUGCCCUGAGCAGUUCUCUUCCGUGGAAGAAGUUUAUUGCCACUUAGAUAGCCAUCGGCAGCCUGAUUCCAGCAACCACAGCAUCAGCCCAGACCCCGUCUUGGGCAGUGUGGCCUCCAUGAGUAGCGCCACGCCCGAUUCCAGUGCAUCGGUGGAACGGGGCUCCACGCCCGACUCGACCUUGAAACCUUUGAGGGGACAGAAGAAAAUGAGAUCGUUGGAAAGGGAAGAAGGCCAGGCUUGGUCAAAGGUUGCCUACAGCUGCCCUUACUGCACCAAACGCGACUUCACUAGCCUUGCUGUUUUGGAGAUCCACCUGAAGACCAUCCAUACGGAUAAACCUCAGCAGAACCACACGUGCCAGAUUUGCCUCGAAUCCAUGCCUACCUUAUACAACCUGAACGAACACGUGAGGAAAGCGCAUAAAAACCACGCCUACCCGAUGAUGCAGUUCAGCAACAUCUCCGCUUUCCACUGUAACUAUUGCCCGGAGAUGUUCGCUGAUAUCAACAGCCUGCAGGAACACAUCCGUAUCGCCCAUUGCGGGCCGGGAGCCACGACGCAAGAUGGCAACAACGCCUUCUUUUGCAACCAGUGUUCCAUGGGCUUCCUGACCGAAGCGUCUCUGACGGAGCACAUCCAGCAAACUCACUGCAACAUUGGGAACUCGAAGUUGGAUUCCCCCGUGGUUCAACCAUCCCAGUCUUUUAUGGAAGUUUACUCCUGUCCGUAUUGCACGAACUCGCCCAUUUUUGGCUCCAUCCUCAAGCUAACAAAGCAUAUCAAAGAAAACCACAAGAACAUUCCACUGGCCCACAAUAAAAAGUCCAAAGGCGAACAGAGCCCGGUGUCUUCGGACGUUGAAGUUUCUUCCCCUAAAAGGCAACGGCUUUCUGCCAGCGUCCAUUCGGUUUCCAAUGGGGAAUACCCGUGUAAUCAAUGUGAGUUGAAGUUCUCCAACUUUGAAAGUUUCCAGACCCAUUUGAAGUUGCACUUGGAGUUGCUGUUAAGGAAGCAGUCGUGUCCUCAGUGCAAAGAAGACUUUGACUCCCAGGACUCUCUCCUGCAGCAUCUCACUAUCCAUUACAUGACGACCUCAACACAUUACGUCUGCGAGAGCUGCGAUAAGCAAUUUUCGUCGGUGGACGACCUUCAGAAGCACCUCCUGGACAUGCAUACGUUCGUCUUGUACCAUUGCACCCUGUGCCAAGAGGUUUUCGACUCCAAAGUAUCCAUCCAAGUGCACCUGGCAGUCAAGCACAGCAAUGAGAAAAAGAUGUACCGCUGCACGGCCUGUAACUGGGAUUUCCGGAAGGAGGCGGACCUCCAGAUCCACGUGAAGCACAGCCAUUUGGGCAACCCGGCCAAGUUGCACAAGUGCAUCUUUUGCGGGGAGACCUUCAGCACAGAGGUGGAGCUGCAGUGCCACAUCACGACCCACAGCAAAAAGUACAACUGCAAAUUCUGCAGCAAGGCAUUCCAUGCCAUUAUUCUGCUCGAGAAGCAUUUGCGGGAGAAGCAUUGUGUCUUUGACGCGGGCGCUGAGAAUGGCACGGCCAAUGGCAUGACGCCAGCCAGCAAGAAAGCAGAGUCGACAGAUAUUCCGAACAUGCUGAUCAAAAACCCAGACACCUCCAAUAGCCACGAAGCUAGCGAGGAUGACAUUGACGCCUCCGAACCUAUGUACGGUUGUGAUAUCUGUGGAGCUGCGUACACGAUGGAGGUCCUGCUGCAGAACCACCGUUUGCGGGAUCAUAACAUCCGACCUGGGGAGGAUGAUUGUUCCAGGAAGAAAGCGGAGUUCAUCAAAGGGAGUCACAAGUGUAAUAUCUGCUCGAGGACCUUUUUCUCUGAGAAUGGCCUCCGGGAACACAUGCAGACCCAUCGGGGCCCGGCAAAGCAUUAUAUGUGCCCUAUUUGCGGGGAGCGCUUCCCAUCACUCCUGACCUUAACGGAACAUAAAGUAACUCACAGCAAGAGCUUGGACACGGGCACGUGCCGGAUCUGCAAAAUGCCACUGCAGAGCGAGGAAGACUUCAUUGAGCACUGCCAGAUGCAUCCUGACCUUCGGAAUUCCCUCACCGGGUUUCGCUGUGUGGUCUGCAUGCAGACUGUCACCUCGACUCUGGAGCUGAAAAUCCACGGGACGUUCCAUAUGCAAAAAUUGGUGGGGAACUCGGCUGCGUCAUCGCCCAACGGCCAGGCGGCGUUGCAGAAACUCUACAAGUGUGCUCUGUGCUUGAAAGACUUCAGAAACAAGCAAGACUUGGUGAAACUGGAUGUUAAUGGUCUACCAUAUGGACUGUGUGCUGCUUGCAUGGCUCGGAGCACCAACGGACAGUCCUUGGGCCUGACUGUACCGGACAUUAGCGAAAGACCUUGCGGUAGCCUGAGAUGUCCAGAGUGUAGUGUCAAAUUUGAAAGUGCCGAAGAGCUAGAGAGCCACCUCCAGCUAGAUCAUCGAGACCUGACGCCUGAAACCAGUGGCCAAAAGAAGGGUGCACAGACAUCCCCCAUACCCAGAAAGAAGACUUACCAGUGUAUCAAGUGCCAGAUGACCUUCGAAAACGAACGAGAGAUACAGAUUCACGUUGCAAAUCAUAUGAUUGGUGCAGUUCCUGUUCCCCAUGGUGAGGUCUUCCACUCUUUUCCAACCCCCAUCUUACUGGAGAGGAGGAUUAGCAAAAAUGCUAUUACAG